AGUGCCUAGAGCGUCCCCCGGACUCAUAUGCUCGGCGGUCUCGCCGGCUAGAGCGUCAUCCCGGCUCCUGUGUUCGGCGCCCGCGGUGCCUAGAGCGUCCCUCUGCUCAGGGAGCCGCGUGUGACCUUCCCGCCCGUGCACCGAUGCUGCCGGCGGCUACUCGCCCCCUCUGGGGGCCGUGCCUGGGGCUUCGGGGCGCCGCGCUACGCCUCGACAGGCAGCAGGUGCCCCGGGUCUGUGCCUUCCGGCUCAUGAGGUGCAGCAGCCAUCGGAAGGGAGAGGCGCUUGCCAGUGCCCCCCUGGAUAACGCCCCCAAGGAGUACCCCCCAAAGAUCCAGCAGCUGGUUCAGGACAUCGCCAGUCUCACGCUGCUGGAGAUUUCAGACCUCAAUGAGCUGCUGAAGAAAACGCUGAAGAUCCAGGAUGUGGGACUCAUGCCUGUAGGGGGCGUGGUGCCCAGUGCCCCCUCGCCCGCCGCCACAGCCGCUGAGGUGGCAGAAGACGUGCCCAAGGUGAAGGAACGCACACACUUCACCGUCCGCCUCACAGAGGCGAAGCCUGUGGACAAGGUGAAGCUGAUCAAGGAGAUCAAGAACUACAUCCAGGGCAUCAACCUCGUGCAGGCAAAGAAGCUGGUGGAGUCGCUGCCACAGGAAAUCAAAGCCAAUGUGGCCAAGGCCGAGGCGGAGAAGAUCAAGGCGGCUCUGGAGGCUGUGGGCGGCACGGUGGUCCUCGAGUAGCCGCCACAGGACUGGACAGGGCGUCCCUGGGACCCGGGCAGGCCCCACCUGUGCGUCUAGCACCCAGGCUCAGCAGACGGGGCGGCUCUGGGGCCACAAGCAUGGCUCGUGGCCAACUGAUGACCAACUGCACAGACGGACAAAAGGGACUGACCUUCGGCAAGGAGUGGGCAGCUGCCCGGCCAGCACCAGGCAUAGGACUCCAAACCACCACUGGCCGCUACUCCUCCUGGUGGCCACAGAGAGAGACGGUUCGCAUGUGUGGAGCAGGCAGUGGGUUGUGGGUGCUUCCUGACCCUGGGCCAACCUAGGCAGCACUGGCUUACCUGGGGACAGUAACUGCCUCCUGGCGUUUCGCGCCCCCCCCCCCGGGGGUGGGGGGCACCUGUGAACCGUUUUUAAUUCGCGUCUACAAUAAUAAGUCAGCGCUGGCCUGUUGCGGCCUGAG